AUGGCCCCAAAGAAGAAGGACGAGCCCGCACCUGUGGCGGCUCCCAAAGCGCCAGAACCUGAGCGCCCCAAGACCCCCGCGUUCAACCCUUCGUCAAUCACGCUGGAAUUCACCCCCGAGCAAAUCGAAGACUUCAAAGACGCAUUCCAGCUGUUCGACAGGACUCCCAACAGCGAGAUGAAGAUCACCUACGGCCAGUGUGGCGAUCUCAUUCGAGCUUUGGGACAGAAUCCCACCAACGCCGAGAUCAUGUACGUGCUCGGGAGGCCCAAACCUGAAGACAUGCAGUCCAAGAUGCUGGACUUCGAGGAGUUCCUUCCCAUCCACCAGCACAUCUGCAAGGCCAAAGACCGGGGAACUUUCGAGGACUUCGUGGAGGGCCUGCGGGUGUUCGACAAGGAGGGUAACGGCACCGUCAUGGGCGCGGAGCUGAGACACGUCCUGGCCACGCUGGGUGAAAAGAUGCGAGAGGACGAGGUGGAGCAGCUGAUGCAGAACCAAGAGGAUGCAAACGGAUGCAUCAAUUAUGAAGCUUUUGUCAAAUACCUCAUGGCUUCUUGA